CAGAAGUAAGUUUAUCGUGUCUUGCACUGGCUGGCUUGAUGAAGGGGAUCAGGAGGCCAGAGACAGCACCAUAGACCAACAAUACACCCGCAACUAUGAAUUCACCUUUUACUUUGCCAUGAACACCAGUAGGGAGUACAAGAUGACUCCAUUUUUCCGUGUACUGGGAUCGUGGGCUACAGCUCCGGAGGUGAUGCUGGGUGAUGGGAAUCCUAAUAAUGACUACAAAGUGGAUAUAGUUGUUGCUAUCAAAGACUUUUACGGCAGUGUCACAACUGUCACCAACACUGUCAAGGUGAUGCCCCCAGUGUAAACCACCCAGGAAAUCCCCACCUGUACAGAGAUGUUAUUGUAUGAGGCAGAGAGGGACAUGAUGGGGAUCCUGAUGCUGUCUAAUGGUGUGAUUAACAGACUUACACAGGAAGUCAACAAUAAUGGUGAAAACCAUGCAUAUGACGUAGAGAUCACGACAGCAACAAUUGGUAAGAUUACAACCAAUGGAAACUUGAUCCUAGAUGAGGUGUUGGCCGCCUGUGCAGUGGACACCCUAAAUAACAUGCUACACCUAAAGAACACUGUGGGGAAGCUAACCACUGAAAACAAGAUGAAAAUAGGUGACUCCUAUAAGAAUAUUGCCAAUUCUCUUGAAAAUCACUUCAAAUCCUCCAUGGCCUCAGAUGAGAAACAAGAUUUAGCCAAAGAUCUGUUGAAUGGUGUGAUAAAGUAUGCCCAAACGACAAAAUACUCAGCGGAGUGCUCCUUAAAUACGUGUCAAGACCAAUUAGCACAGGGACAAUAUGUCAUAGACUUUAUAAGCAUCACACACAAGAUAUCAGCCAUCUUACUGGAGGACACAGUCCCAGGGGAGGGGGAGAGGGUCAUCUCUAUCCCCAUCGGUAACACUGUGCUGUCUGUCCAGCGCCAGGAGAUCCUAGAGGUAGUCAACGCCACGCUGUACUUAGAGGGUCAGGCUGUUGCAGACGUACCCGAUCUGUCAGGGUCUGUUGAUCUCGAUGUUCUCGAUUACAUAGAUGUGGAGAUCAUGUUAGCAGACAACCUAUAUACAACAGAUACCUCAUCGACCCAGGUAAGGGCACAAACAACAGGUAUAGCUCUUCAUGUGGAUGGAGAGGUCCUACAGGUGGCCAACCUAUUGACCCCAAUCAAGAUCAGGUCCUACCCACACAUCCUACCAGACCUGACUUUUACCCCUGCCAACCUAUCAUCAGACGCUGAUACCAACCUCUUCUACAUACAACUGUCAGUCAAUGAGUCAAACAUCACUCCUGUAUUCAUCCUUCGGUCACAGGAUCAGAAUGUGAUCUUGAAGUACUAUGUUAAGGUCGGAAGCCCUCCGACCAAGGAUGAUUAUGAUGUCCGAGGGCUUAUAUCUUCUCUGGAUCUGCAGGAUGUCAGUGGAAAUGGAACCCUAUGGCAGGCUAUUAUACAGCUAACAGAUACAGCUAUAGCUACUGCACUAGAAACCUCUUCAACUAAGCUGGUGUACCUAGGACUGCACACAGAAACAGGAAGGAGUGACAUCCAAACGGACACUGGUAGUAAAUCUUAUAUAACAGUCAAACCAUGUAUAAAGUAUUACGCUGAAACCAUGUAUAUAGUAUAA